GGUCGUUCGUUGUAUUGACACAUAGAAAAAGGUUAAUAAAAGUUCCGGUGAAGACGGUAUGAGUGCGUUAGGUAUGCGUGCCAGUGCUUGUUAAGCGUGGCUUUGAGUACAAUAUAAUUGAUUUUAUUUGUUGAUUUUAUAUAAAAGUGAAAUAAAUAUUUGAAAUAAUAGUUAAAUUAAAAUAAUUAACGAAAGGGCAAAAACCGUUUCGCUCGUGACCAUCGUUAAACGUAAAAUAUUUUUUUGAAUAAUUUCUUUCAUUUUUUACAAUUUCCAAGCACAGCAUUUUCGUUGAUUGUCAUGGUUUUUAUCGGUUAUUGCAUUUUCUAUGCCUUAGCACUGGUAUUAUUGAAUAGAGAUAUCGUAACGACAACGGGGAUGUUAUAUCCGCGUGAAUCUGAAACUAGAGAAGUGAGAUCCUUAGAUGGUCUGUGGAAUUUUGUCAAAUCGGACAUAACGAAUCCUACGCAAGGCAUGCGAGAUAAAUGGUAUUUGGACGAUCUAAGUCGUGUCCGCAAAACGAUACCGAUGCCAGUCCCUGCUAGUUAUAAUGAUAUCACGACAGAACAUGCAAUAAGGGAUCACGUAGGCACUGUAUGGUAUGAUCGAAAGUUCUUCGUACCUAUGUCAUGGUCAAAAAAUCAAAGAGUGUGGCUGCGAUUUGGUAGCGUACAUUAUGAAGCCUUUGUGUAUGUAAAUGGCGAAAUGGUGGUACGUCACGAAAUGGGGCAUUUACCUUUCGAAGCAGAGAUUAGCCAAUAUGUGAAGUAUGGUCAGGAGAAUCGUAUAACCGUUAUGUGUGAUAAUGCCUUAAUACAAACAACAAUACCUCAGGGAAAAAUAACCGAGUUAGCCAGAGAUGAUGGAGUGUCCAUAGUACAAACUUAUACUUUCGAUUUCUUCAAUUAUGCCGGCAUACAUCGUUCGGUACAUUUGUACACCACACCUUCGACUUACAUCGAGGAAAUUGACUUUACCACAGAUCUAUCAAAGAACAACACAGUAGGUUUCGUUACCCUAGCCAAAGUAAAAAUCGGCGGUUCUGUCGAUAAUGAAGCUGCCAGCAAUGAUUUACACAUACGCGUUCAAUUACUUAAUAAAGAGGGUAUUGUAGUGGCCAAUACGACAUCUAAGUCAGACAUGACGGCAAUUUUAGAAAUAAAAAACGUUAAACCUUGGUGGCCUUAUCUGAUGCAUCAUGAACCUGGUUAUCUAUAUGAAAUGGAAAUAUUUUUAAUUGAUAGCAACACGGAAGAAUUACAAGAUGUGUAUCGCUGUAAAGUAGGAGUGCGAACUCUAAGCUGGAAUAAUAGCUCCUUUAUGAUCAAUGGGAAACCGAUAUACUUUCGCGGAUUUGGUAGACAUGAGGAUUCGGAUAUAAGGGGCAAAGGUUUGGAUCUGGCUUUAAUGACGCGUGACUUCAAUUUGCUAAAAUGGGUAGGCGCCAAUGCUUACCGCACGUCUCAUUAUCCCUAUUCGGAAGAGUCUAUGCAAUUUGCCGAUGAAAAUGGUAUUAUGAUUAUAGAUGAGUGUCCAAGUGUAGAUACAGAAAACUAUAACCAAGCUUUGCUAGAAAAACAUAAAUCCGCGAUGGAACAGCUAAUACAUCGGGAUCGUAACCAUGCCAGUGUAGUCAUGUGGUCUAUAGCAAAUGAGCCACGUACCGGUCAAUUGAAUGCUGGAUCAUAUUUUCAGUACGUAGCGAACUACACAAGACAAUUAGACAAUACCAGACCAGUAACUGCCGCCAUAGCCGUGAACUCUGCCGAUGAUAAAGCUGCCAGAUAUUUAGACAUAAUUAGUUUUAACCGUUACAAUGGUUGGUAUAGCAAUCCUGGACGCUUAGAUAUGAUUACCAAGCGCAUAAUAGACGAAGCUACCACUUGGCAUGAAAAACAUAAUAAACCAGUAAUCAUGUCGGAAUAUGGAGCUGAUACGGUCGAGGGUUUACAUCUGCUGCCCUCCUAUGUGUGGUCAGAGGAAUACCAAACAGAACUAUUUUCCCGCCAUUUUAGAGCUUUCGAUAUCUUGCGUAAGAAAUCCUGGUUUAUCGGUGAAUUCGUAUGGAAUUUUGCCGACUUUAAAACUGCGCAGAGUGUAACACGUGUGGGUGGUAAUAAAAAAGGUGUAUUUACACGCAGCCGCCAACCCAAAGCUGUGGCUCAUCUCUUGCGGAAACGCUAUUUUGCUUUGGGCCGCGAGGUGGAUGAAUGCACUUUGAUACCUAGCGAUUUAUUUACUUACAUUACCGAUGGCAGUUCAACGCGUUCCAGUAAACAUGAUUCAACAGACUUGUAACUAUUUAUUUAUAAUUAUUUAAUUUAAUAUAUUUUGUGAUCACAAAACAUUCUAAACACGAAUGAAUUUUGCAUUGUCAUAUGUCAUUUUUUAUGGCUGAAUUGAGAUAAGAAUUUUUUUUUUUUUUUUAUAUUAAGUAGAAUUAUAUUUUAUCCAUACUUAAGUUAAACUAACUAUAAAUGCAUGCGUGUACAGUAAAAAAAUAGUAAUAAAUAAAUUUUUUAUACUUGUCUUUAAAGA